UUUUCCAAUAACUCACCCCUACUCAGCGCCAGUGUAUAUUUUGGGAGCGUAACACAGAGGCUCCACUCCCGAAAAUCCCGCAAUCCCCAUCAGAUCCGAAGCGAAAGUGGCCAAGAGUAGACGUGUCUCCUCCGUGUUUCGAGACAUAAGAGAGCGCGCGCCCAGGAUCAUCGCGCAAUCUAGGCUUUGUGAAACCAUGGGCAUCGUCGUCUUGGUGGUGUCCCGUUUGGAUUGAUUUUUGCUUUCCAUCGUUGGAUCUCCAGUGCUACCAGCAACAUAGGAGUGAAAAUUCUCCCCCCAGCAACAACGAGAGGCGGAAGUAAGCAGCGAAAAGUGUUGAAGCAGGCAGCCUCGCGAUGGGCAGCCUACGACGACGGGAUGAUGGUGCGGUGGCAGCUGGUGGUUGUGGUUUGAUUCUGCUGUUUGUGCUGCUCUGUGGGGCAGUUGGUUCGGUUCGAGCCAUGUCCCAUGGAUUGGUGCCAAGAAUAUUACCUCGCGAGGCCGAGCUGCUCAAUAGCAACUUUUUCCAGCGGAUGCGGGAGAUGAUCAUGGAGCGGGCCUACGAGGAUGCACUGAACGAGGUGCCGAACGAAGGGUCACAACCGAUGAAGCCAGUCGACACCUCCCACCUGGACAGCCCACCGAAACCCCGUGUGGUCGAAAACUGGCCGAUGGUGAGCCACGAGUUCGGCCAAGUCACGGCCGUGUCGAUCAACCGCGAGGGCAAUCCCGUCAUCUUCCAUCGGGGACGUCGCGUUUGGAGUGCUGAGAGCUUCAACGAGACCAACCACUUCCAGCAGAUCAUGGAGGGUCCGAUUGAAGACAGCACGAUCCUGACGCUGAGUGCCAAGACCGGCGAGGUGAUCGACGAAAGUGGCGGUGGAAUCUUCUACAUGCCACACGGGAUGACAAUCGACCGCAAUGGGAACAUGUGGCUCACGGAUGUGGCACUGCACCAGGCGUUCAAGUUCAUGCCGAACCAUGACUAUCCCAGCAUCACGAUCGGACGUCGCUUUGAGCCAGGUUCUUCCAGAAGCCACCUGUGUAAGCCAACGGCUACGGCCGUGGCCACAACCGGUGAGGUGUUCAUCGCCGAUGGGUACUGCAACAGUCGAAUCUUGAAGUUCAACGCAGCUGGCCGCCUGAUCCGGACCAUUCCACAGCCGCCGGAGUUUCUAUCGUUGCAGGUUCCGCACGGACUGACGCUACUGGAGCAUUUGGACCUGAUCUGUAUAGCCGAUCGUGAGAACAUGCGAGUGGUUUGUCCGAAAGCCGGUCUGAAGUCGUCAUUCGGCGAGGGAACCCAGGCGGCCACCAUCCAGGAACCGGACCUCGGACACGUGUACGACGUGGCGGCCUACGGUGAUCUAGUGUACGCCGUCAAUGGUCCCACGGCCGAUAUGAUUCCGGUGCGAGGCUUCACCAUCGAUCCCCGAUCGGAGACCAUCAUCGAUCACUGGGGCAAGUUCGAAAAUCCGCACUCGAUCGCAUUCUGCCCGAAUGGGUCGGCCAUGUACGUCACCGAAAUCGGGCCAAACAAGGUGUGGAAGUUCGAACUGGUUUAGGGUGGGCGGGCGUUAUUGACAACGUGUGUGAACCGAACGCAACUGUUUGUAGAAUUAACUUGAACACAAAGGCGAAAGCCAACACAAAUGAGUAUAUCUUAUAUUCGUAUGAACUGUCUACGCAAUUGGUACGUAAUAAUCAACCAACCUAUAAACAACCAACAAAGUCCAGAACUAUAAAUGAAACGAUGCGCGGAUAGGUAGCAGAAUGGUAACACCAACAGCCAUAAUGGAACAACUAUGAACUGUAACUUCAUGAACAGAUUCCAGACGUGUUAUUGAGCUUUUGAGUUAUUUAUUGCACAACGUUUUGGGGGUCAUCUUUAUCUCAUCUCAGUUUCGGCUUUUUUAUCAUUAGCAAUUUAUUCACCCUAGGUUCGGUUUAUGAAACCGAAUGAUUUAUAUAUCUAUUGUGCACUCAGUUGGUGGGUCGUCCUCAGAGACAGGCACACCCCCGUAUUGCAUUAAGCAACGUUUAAUAUGCAACGUUAGAGAAUUUAUGAGUGUUAGACAUGUUGCGGUAUAUAUGAUACAUAUUUAGUGGAUGUUGCCAGUUUAUCUUAUCGAUUGUAUUCUCUUCAAGCAGGAAAACAUGAACAAAAUAUCACAAAAAAAAACUCAUGUCGUAGAAUGCUGCUAAACUGAUAACCAGCAAUGUAAAGUAAAACAUUUAUACGUAGAAACUAUAAAA